GACGUAGGCACGUGUUCUCCACGCAAGCGCCGCCCCUUCCUCCUAGCCGUGUUUGUAUUUACAGCUCAACUUUCCCCAGCUUUUAUCAAUAAACCGCGUCCAAACCCAAAGGAAUCGAACCGACGCAACGACAUGGCCUUCCAGGGGUCUGAGGAGGUGGAAGAGCAGCUGGAGGAGCCGGAAGAAACGCUGAGAGUUUCUCCGGCGGAGGAAAUGCCCGUCGACGGGCCUCCGGCGGCAGAAGAACCGGAGCCGCUGCUGCUGCCGUGGGACCGUUUCUCCGCCUGGCUUCAUUGCAUCUGCGUGGUCGGCUUUGAUCUGGAGCUCGGGCAGGCUGUGGAGGUGAUCUAUCCUCAUCAUUCCAAACUCAGUGAAAAAGAGAAAACCAGUAUAUGCUAUCUGUCAUUCCCAGACUCUAAUUCAGGUUGUCUGGGGGACACGCAGUUCUGCUUUCGUUUCAGACAGGCUGUGGACAGAAAAUCUUCUCUUGGAUGUUUCCUUGACCACUUCGACCGGGAUGCACCUGUCUGUCUCAAGAGAGAUCAGGGUUAUUACUACGGCUACGUGUACUUCAGACAGGUGCGAGAUAAGACACUGAAGAGAGGCUACUUUCAGAAGUCUCUGGUCCUCGUCAGCAAGUUGCCGUAUGUCACAUUCUUCCACUCUCUUCUGAAGCUUAUCGCCCCUGAGUACUUUGAGAAACAAGAGCCGUGUUUAGAAGCCGCUUGCAACGACAUCGACCGAUGGCCCACGCCGAGCCCUGGGAAGAUUCUCACGCUCCCCAUCAUGGGCGUGGUCAUGAAGCUUCGCAUCCCCACGUGUUACGACAAGCCUGGAACCUCACAGCUUGUUCUGUCGGCACCGGGUGACAGUCUGGUGUCCAUUGUUCUGCCGACGGUUCAUGAAGUGGAUCUCUUUAGGUGCUUCUAUCCCGUCUUCUUUCAUAUUCAGAUGUUAUGGGAGCUGGUGUUGCUCGGUGAAGCUCUAGUUGUCAUGGCGCCAUCUCCAGCAGAAUCUUCAGAGACGGUCUUGGCAUUGGUCAGCUGUAUCUCUCCUCUGCGUUACUGCAGUGAUUUUCGGCCGUAUUUUACCAUCCAUGACAGUGAAUUUAAGGAGUACACCACCAGGACUCAAGCACCGCCUUCUGUCAUUUUAGGAGUGACAAAUCCAUUUUUUGCCAAAACUCUCCAGCACUGGCCGCACAUCAUCCGCAUUGGCGACAUGAAGCAAACAGCAGAGAUGGCCAAACAGAUGAAGGUGAAAAAACUAAAGAACCUAAAGACUUUGGACUCAAAACCUGGUGUGUAUAGUGCAUAUAAACCUUUCCUGAACAAAGACGAGGACAUUAUCAAACAACUCCAGAAGGGGGUUCAGCAGAAACGUCCCUCUGCGGCCCAGAAUGCAAUUCUGCGACGAUAUUUCCUGGAGCUUACACAGAGUUUCAUCAUACCACUGGAGCGUUACGUGGCCAGUCUGAUGCCUCUACAGAAGACCAUCUCUCCCUGGAAGAGUCCUCCUCAGCUGCGGCCGUUCAUUCAGGAGGAGUUCAUGAAGACGCUGGAGAAAGCUGGACCUCAGCUCACCUCACGUCUCAAAGGAGACUGGAUCGGCCUCUACAGGCAGUUCUUGAGGUCUCCAAACUUUGACGGCUGGUUUAGGAACCGCAGGAAAGAGAUGACACAGAAGCUGGAAGCUCUUCAUCUGGAGGCGUUCUGUGAGGAAGAUCUACAGCUGAGAAUACAGAAACACACGGAGGUUGAAACUGUUGACCUGGUGCUCAAACUGAAGGAGAAACUGACACAGGCCGAGAGGGAUCUACUUCCUGUAAAACCAGGAACUAUUGGCCAACUGCAGGCCCACAUCGACACCAUCAUCCUCUCGCUUCCGGAAGACCUGCAGGGCAUCUUGCAUAAACCUCCGAGCCCUUGACCCUUAGCUGACACUCAAACAGUCCAGACUGUGACCUACAUAUGGUUAACAGACACAAACACCUCCUUCCACACGUGAGUGGCAGAACGUGAUGAAUUUAUGCUGCACUUCAGCCAUGUGCAUUUGUUGCCAUGGACUCGAAUGUCUAAACCGCACAGAUGACGGCUCGGGUUGAGAGGGAGCAACGCUAGCAGAAAUGACACAUGCUUUAUACUGUAAGUCUCACUGUGUGAGGUGGACGUUCCCUUUCAUUUUUAAACAUGAAGUUGCUAAGGACGUUCUAAAGGUCAUGAAACAGAAUCGUGGACCCUUGCGGUGGAAAAGAAAAGAGAUCCUGAAGGAAGAAAGUUUCCACUUUAAUCUAUUUAAGUGAAGCUUAUCAAAGACAAUUUCACCCAAAAUCAAGAAUUAGUAGAAAUGUUAAGUUGUUAAAAGAAAAAGAAGCCUGUUUGUUUAGGGUUAGUUUCUGUCAAUUAGAGAUGGAAUUAGACAUUUGUAAAGAGGAAACAGGUCUUAAGGAGUCCUUAGGCAGCAAGUGCUUUGAUUUGGGGUGAAAUCUGGUCUGGACAUGUUUCAAUGAGAACUCAUGGGUGUAUUGCAAUAACAGGCAGACAUUUUAUUUUGAGUACAUUCCCUUUACAAAAACAAACAAAAAAACACUAUUAACCCAUGAGAUGCUUACGGAGACAAUAAUGCAAAUGCGUUUUGUCUGGAAAAGGUCAAUUAUUGCAGGUUUCUGGCAGUAUGCCAUGAAAUUGAUCAACUGAUUUCUCACAUUUUAAUUGUAUUUAAUGUUUUUUAACUGACUAAUAACAGAAAGAAAAAUCUUUCAUUUGACAAGAAAGAUCACUCGCUCCUUGAACAGAAAGAACUUGUUUAGUUUUCACAUCUUGACCCUGCAGCGGCCAUGCAAACCUGCGGCACGGGGUUUCUGGUCUUCAUUUAUCCGCAAAUCAUUGACAGCCUUUCAGAAUGACACUGUUGUGGUUUCAGCUUUUCUUACACUGGCUUGAAUGUGGUGCGUCCUACUUUUUACGUCUUCUGAAAUGUUUGGGCUAAGUGUGUGUUAUAUUGAGAGUAGCGAUGCUGUAAUGUCAUUUGACAGGAUGAAAUCUCAUCAUACUGCUGCUUUAUGCACUUUACCUGUCAAGUGUGUCAGAAGACGAUAUUUAAACAAACCACAAAUUAUAAAUAUACAUAUUUUCUGUCUUACACCACAUUUCAUGUAAAGGAUAAUGAAUCAGUCGGACAUGUGAAGCUUUGUGCCUGCAGCUAAAGACAAAUGCAGAAACGACCAAAGACCGUCACACUUCUGUGUACAUCUAACAGAGUCAUUUACACAGUUUUCAUGCUAAUGCUUUAUCAGCAGAAUGUGUAACGUGUGGUUAAGUGUAAUAAUGUCAAAGAUGAUGAGCGGUUAGAACGCCUUACAGAUAGACUAUUUCAAACAAAGCUGUCCUGUUUCCUUUUCAUUAAUGAUCAGUAGUGUAAUGCUGGUGUAAACCUGUGAUAAAACUGGUUGUUGGGCAACCAUUUAUGUUUUAUAUUUAAAGAACAAACAUAUUUUAACAUGCUUGAAUUUUAUAACGUUUAUUCUGAUAAUGCGCAAAUAACAACAUGCUUUUGACACAAUGCCUGUUUGUUAUACUGAUAGAGAUUUUGGUAUGGCUGUAUUUUUGAUCUUGGUCAUUUCUAUUGGUUGUCAUUGUACAGAAUGUGUAAUGUGUUGCUGUGGUAAUGUUAUAGAAUGAUAUCCAUGGAAAAUUAUGAUUUGUGUUCAUGCUGAUGUUCAACCACAGUUAACUUUAACUAACAAUGAAUACAGCAUUAAUAAUCAGGAUUUAUUCAUGUUUGUUAAUGUUAAUUUGAUCAUUUAUGUAAUAUCUGGUAACAUGAGUUAAUGCACAAUAACAAUUGUAAUGGUAUUUGUUAACAUUAACAAAGAUUUAUAAAUCUUGUAAAAAUAUAUUUCUCAUUGUUCGUUCAGGUUAGUUCAUACAUCAUGUUAAUGAAUGGAACCUUAUUGUGAAGUAUUUUUAUGUAACUAUAGGAAACAAACCAUUUGUUAUUUUGGCAUAGACAAUAUUUUUCUAUUAAAUCCUUAACCACUGUUUUUGAUUAACGACAUUAUAAACGUCUGUAACGCGUUCUGUACAACAGCCCUUCCUGAAUGUAUUCCAUUAUUCUGUUACCCUCAUGAAGAACAAGUUUAUUUUUUUCUAAUUGUAAAUAAAUGUUAAUAAUGGA